AUGAGGAGAGCUGGAGCAAAACCUGCCAGCCCCUCAAUUUUCUCCACUUCCUGUACUCAAGCAACUGCAUCCCAAAAGAGGGGGAAAGUCGUGCAAAUAGUCCUAAAUAAGGGCGUCCCGACGAACUGCUCGCGCUCGGCCGCAUCUGGUCCGGUUUACUCACCUAUCACGAAUCUGAAGGCUUCAUUUAGAUUACUUUUUUUUUAGUUUAUCUAUAAGUACUUUCGUUAUUGAUUGACUGACUGAAAGGCAACGGCGAACUGGGUUGAUGCAAGACCGAAUAUGACCGCGCAGCCGCAUGCGGAUAGCGAUUGAGGGAUGACGUAAAUAUAAAUACGAGUCCUAAAGAGUAGCUUCAUCACGUGUUAUUUUGUGUAUUUUACAUGUAUUGGAAAAAUGAGGCUUUGGCCCCUCUAUCAGAGGGAAAUCAAUUUUUAUCCGAAGGAAUUCCCUCAAAACAGGUGAUCUCUCCAGAUUCACAGAGCACACCGGGAGCAUCACGCUGCGUGGACGGUCAACACGGACACGCAAUGUCACACUCUGACGGAGAAUCUCACAGAUCUAAUAUGGAGAAAGACGACACUCGCUCUUCGCCUAGUCCCCCCUCAACACCAUCCAUCUGCUCGCCGACGUCCACCGCCUCCUCCGUGCAGUCCACCGGGAAGAACGUGUGCGCGAGCUGUGGACUCGAGAUCCUGGACAGAUAUCUACUCAAGGUUAAUAAUCUGAUCUGGCACGUGAGGUGUCUGGAAUGUUCCGUUUGCAGGACUUCACUGCGACAGCACAGCAGCUGCUACAUUAAAAAUAAGGAAAUCUUCUGUAAAAUGGAUUAUUUCAGUAGGUUUGGUACAAAGUGUGCCCGCUGUGGCCGCCAGAUCUAUGCCAGCGACUGGGUACGGCGAGCUAGGGGCAAUGCCUACCACCUGGCCUGCUUUGCCUGUUUCUCCUGCAAACGUCAGCUGUCGACAGGUGAAGAGUUUGGGUUGGUGGAAGAAAAAGUACUUUGUCGGAUCCAUUAUGACACAAUGGUGGAGAACCUGAAACGAGCAGCUGAAAGUGGAAGUGGGCUCACUCUGGAAGGGGCAGUGCCGUCGGAACAGGAUAGUCAACCAAAACCAGCCAAAAGAGCACGAACGUCGUUUACUGCGGAACAACUACAGGUAAUGCAGGCGCAGUUUGCACAGGAUAACAACCCUGAUGCUCAAACCUUGCAGAAGCUGGCAGACAUGACAGGAUUGAGUAGACGAGUCAUACAGGUUUGGUUUCAAAACUGCAGAGCGAGACAUAAAAAGCACACUCCACAGCACAGCGGCCCACCUCAAACUCACCCGCAGGCGCGCAUGCCGCCCUCACUCCCAGACGAGCUGCAUUACUCUCCCUUCGGCAGUCCUGAGAGAGCACGCAUGGUGGCCCUGCACGGGUACAUCGAAAGUGAGUGUUUCCUGAAACAUGGUCAUCCGUUCUCGGUGCUUACUACACAGAGUAUCCCUCAUCAAGCCAUGACAUUGCCCCAGCUCCCUCUCAGCCGCUAACUCCCCCCUGCCUCUCCAUGACCCCUGACUCUUUCACCCUGACCUCCUGCUCAAAACUUCCGCCCACGCCUCCGCUGACCCUAAAGGUCGGAUCUGGCUGAAGGAGAAGGUUACGGUUCUUCGUGCUCUUGACCUCUGAACUCCCAAGGAGAGAGACUGUUUCCUCUCUGGUUUCAUUGGACAGGAUUUUACUCACCUGCAUCUACUCACACUUGGUUAUGGGAAACCAUAUUUGUGACCUGUGAAUUAAGGACUUGUGUCACCAAGACCAGGAUCUGGACUUAUGGACAAAAAAAAAAAAAAAAAAAAAACUAAGAAAAAAAAAAAAAGACACUUGAGCACACACUGUAAAAUACUAAAGUGCUCUUGGUUCAUCCUCUUCUCCUGAUAGUCUCAUCUCACACAGCUCUUGUUCAGCAUUCGGAGAUGACUUUGAAUGAAAACAAAAGGAAUGUAAAGUUACCAGCAUCAGUGUUAAAGGUAUAGGUUGAAAAAGGCAAGGAUGAAUGGAAAAUAAAUGGCACAGGACAAGGUGGUAAGACAUAUUUUAUCUCAUUUACCUCGAUGAAACAUGCAAAACAUGCUUUGCCUAGUGCCACAAUUGAAUGUAUGUUGUACUAAGGCAUUCAAACGUAUUUAUGCUACCUAAAAGACCUUAAGUUCAAUUCACCGUUUCUAUCCCUCUUUCUCUUACUCCAAUAUUUAAAGGAAUAUUCCGGGUUCAAUACAAGUUCAGCUCAAUCGACAACAUUUGUGGCAUAAUGUUGAUUACCACAAAAAUCAAUUUUGACUCGUCCCUCCUUUUCUUUAAAAAAGACAAAUCUGGGUUACAGUGAGACACUUACAAUGGAAGUGAAUGGGGCCAAUCCGUAAACGUUAAAAUACUCAUUGUUUCAAAAGUGUAUAGCCACAAGACAUAAACAAUAUGCAUGUUAACAUGAUUUUAGUGAGAUAAAAUCACUUACUAACCUUUUCUGUGUAAAGUUAUAGCUAAUUUUACAACUUCAUAAAUGACGAUGUAAUGUCAACAAACCCUAAAACCCUAACACAACUGUAAAAAAUGACGAUUUAAACAACUUCACAGCUCAAAUAAUACAUGAGUUUAAACUUAAGAAUUAAUGUAAGUGCUUUUAUAAAAUUAUAAGCUUCACAUUUCUGCCUUUAAACCUAAAUUGGCCCCAUUCACUUCUAUAGUAAGUGCCUCACUGUAACCUCAUUUAGAUUUUUUUAAAGAAAAGGAGAGAUGAUUACAUUUAAAUGUAAUUUUAAUUUAAUUUUUAAAAAAAUUUUUUUUUUUUGUGGUAAUCAAUAUUAUUCCAUAAAUUCUGUCGAUUGAGCUUAACUUGUAUUGAACCCGGAAUAUUCCUUUAAGGGCAAAGUUCAUACUAAACUAAAUGGAAAUGAGUAUGGUAAAGGGGCAGUUUUACCUCCUAUGUGUAUUGAGAUGUAAUAUGGUGCCGAGCUCGAUUGGUCCAACAUAGAGACUUUAAGUUAAAAAUUAUAAAAAUUGUGCAUUGUUUGAAAUUGGAUUUUUAAAUGUCCAUUUAAAUUAUUUAUUUGAGGAAAAUGCUUAAAACAGCUUCAAAUUGUGUUAACAAUUAUUUGUUGAUUAUUUGCAGCAAAUGGUUUCAUGGAACGAAUUAAGGAUCUUUUUUUUUUGUUUGUUUGUUUAAAAGGUUUUAGUUUUCAAAGUUUUUAAGGACAUCUAAACCUUUAAUAUCCUCCCGAAUAAAUUGCAGCUCUCACAAUUGUUAAAAUGUUUCAAAAAUGCAUUGCAAUAACUGUUGCUAUACAGAUUUAUUUGAGUGGUUUAGAGCAAUAAAAAAAAAAGUUAACACUGAUCUUCAGGUGAGAUUAUUUCAAAGUAAAAAAAAAACAAACUAUUAAACACAUGGGGAUCAAGAAGGGAUUAUCAAUGACAAACAUUUUGUGCAAAAGACAGAAAGAGAGAAAAAACUAAAAGAGCACUUCAGUCAAAUGUAAAGAUAACUACAUGUAAAGAAAUUGUAUUUUUAUUUCAGCAGUGUCCUAACUUUAUGUGGAAGACGAAAGUGUCUGUGUUUCAUUGUUUUACAUGUGUGCCGUAUAUGCCUCAGCCAUGACAACAGAGCUGGAGUGUUGUAUACUUGCUGCAGACACGACAGAUCGGAGCUGUGUACAGGUCUGAGACCAGGGGAAAAGUCUGAAAUUGUAACUUAAAUUUCAGAAAUACAUUCUAAUGUUCUGAAUGGGGGACAAGGCCUCAACAUUCUUGUAUUUAUUAAGACAGAUAGCCUGUAAGCACUUUUCCCCACUGCCACUUGACUGUUUUGUAAAAAAAAAAGAAAAAAAGAAAGAAACAGAAAAAGAAAUAAAACAACAACAAAAAAAUGUCUUUGA